CAGGGACGCUCCCGCGGCGCUGGAGGCGGCAGGUUGCCGCGGCGCCGGGCGCUGGGAAGGAAUCGGUUCGAGUCCGGGUCUCGGAGGCCGGCGGGCGCCCAGGACAGGGACAUGCUCUCUGGACCUGUGGCCAUGGAGCUGAAGGUGUGGGUGGAUGGCAUCCAGCGAGUGGUCUGUGGGGUCUCAGAGCAGACUACCUGUCAGGAAGUGGUCGUCGCUCUAGCCCAAGCUAUAGGCCAGACUGGCCGUUUUGUGCUCGUGCAGCGUCUCAGGGAGAAGGAACGGCAGCUGCUGCCCCAGGAGUGUCCAGUGGGUGCCCAGGCUACCUGUGGACAGUUUGCCAGUGAUGUCCAGUUUGUCCUGCGGCGGACAGGGCCCAGCCUCACUGGGAGGCCCUCCUCAGACAGCUGCCCACCCCCUGAGCGCUGCCCAAUCCGUGCCAGCCUUCCCCCAAAGCCAAGACCAGUCUUGCGCGGUGAGCCCCACAAAGCACUGACCUUCAGCCUGGGGUGCCCCAGGCUGGCCUCUAGCCCGGCGCUGCCCGAGCCUGUGGCCUCUGUAGCACCAAUGCCAGGCUGCUGCGAAGACCUACAGGACCUGGAGCAAAGGGUGCAGAGGAACGCAGCAGAGCUGGGCCAGGAGGCUUUUUGGGAGCAGGAGCUGCGGCGUGAACAGGCGCGGGAGCGCGAGGGGCAGGCACGGCUGCAGGCACUGAGUGCGGCCACUGCUGAACAUGCUGCCCGGCUGCAGGCCCUGGAUGCCCAGGCUUGCGCCCUGGAGGCCAAGCUGCGUCUGGCGGCAGAGGCCCCUGGGCCCCCUUCACCCACAGCAUCUGCCACAGAACGCCUGCGCCAGGACCUGGCUGCUCAGGAGCGGCAGAGUGUGGAGGUGCAGGGCAGCCUAGCCCUGGUGAGCAGGGCUCUAGAGGCUGCAGAGCACGCCCUGCAGGCCCAGGCCCAGGAGCUGGAGGAGCUGAACCGGGAGCUGCGUCAGUGUAACCUGCAGCAGUUCAUCCAGCAGGCAGGGGCCGCCCCUGGCACACAGGAUCUCAUGCCUCCAGCCAGAGGAAAGUCCCUCCCGGGAGCCCCCCAGAAUCCUGCCCUAGUGUCCAGUUUGAGCCCAGAGGUUGCCCCCAUGAGGCAGAACUGGAGGUAGCAGUAUCUGCCCCGGAGUGAAUGUCCACUGCCAGCCCAGCCCUGGGCUCUGAUGACACGAGCGAGGGCAGGCAGGGUCAGCCCAGCCUGGACAACAGAAGAGGAAUCUGGUUGUAGAGGACUCGUACUCCCUUAUAAUUGGAAGCCCUCGGGCCCUGGGCCCAAGACAGAACACCCCAGAACCCUGGGUUUCUGCUGCAGGGGCAGGGGGAGGCUGAGGACUCACUGGUGCUCGCCAAGUCUGCCAAGCCUCCUGAAGAAGCUUGGAACAUGGCCAGCUCAGAACCUGCUAGGCCCCAAAGGCCAUAGCUCCUUGUUCAGGACGGAAGAUGCCUGGAUGCUGUUUUCAGUCUGUGGGUAUGUGCUUGCGUGUGGGAGGCAUCCUUCAGUACGUGUGUGAGUGCGUGUGUACAUGUGCGUGUGUGUGCUGCCUCCCCUACUGUGACGCUGAAAACCUCAAUAAACUGUCUGAAGUGGCUUGAGUGUGUCUUGAGGCGGCACUAGGUGGGAU